CAUGCCACACUACUACCCUUCCUGCUCUCGUGCGCACACCUACCCUGAUGAUGCAACCUUCACUGGAUAUUAAACCAUUCAUGUCUUUUCCAAUGGACAGCAGUUCUGCUGUUGGGCUCUUUCCAAAUUUUAACACAAUGGAUCCUGUGCAAAAAGCAGUCAUUAACCACACUUUUGGAGUUUCCAUUCCCCCAAAGAAGAAGCAAGUUAUUUCUUGUAAUGUCUGUCAGCUCCGCUUUAACUCAGAUAGCCAGGCCGAGGCCCACUACAAAGGAAGUAAACAUGCCAAGAAGGUCAAAGCACUAGAGGCAACGAAAAAUAAACCCAAAAUGGUUUCUUCCAAGGACAGCGCAAAGGCUAAUCCCAGCUGCUCCAUCACUCCAAUCACAGGCAACAGCUCUGACAAAUCAGAAGAUAAAGGGAAGUUAAAAGUGAACAGUUCCAGUCAGCCAUCCAGCUCCGAAGGUGGCUCCUUUCUCCUCAAAUCUGGCGCAACACUGCUGGCACCUGCAGCCGCCGCUUCUCCCUCCAAGAGCACAAAUGGAGCUCCUGGUACAGUUUCUGAAUCAGAAGAAGAAAAAGCCAAAAAGUUACUUUAUUGUUCACUAUGCAAAGUGGCUGUGAACUCCCUGUCACAGCUAGAAGCACACAACACAGGAUCUAAACACAAGACUAUGGUUGAAGCUCGUAAUGGAGCUGGUCCAAUUAAAUCCUAUCCUAGACCUGGCUCAAGAUUAAAGAUGCAGAAUGGCAGUAAGGGUUCAGGACUACAGAAUAAAACAUUUCAUUGUGAAAUCUGUGAUGUUCAUGUUAACUCAGAAAUUCAACUCAAACAGCACAUUUCUAGCCGAAGGCAUAAGGAUCGAGUUGCAGGGAAACCAUUAAAGCCGAAAUACAGUCCUUACAACAAACUCCAGCGGAGCCCAAGCAUUUUAGCAGCAAAACUUGCAUUCCAGAAGGAUAUGAUCAAGCCUUUGACCCCGGCUUUCCUGUCUUCACCCCUGGCAGCGGCAGCAGCUGUGACCUCCGCGCUAUCACUGCCACCUCGCCCGUCAGCCUCGCUCUUCCAGGCUCCCGCCAUACCUCCAGCGCUCCUGAGACCUGGCCAUGGGCCCAUCCGCGCCACACCUGCCUCCAUUCUUUUUGCUCCAUAUUGAGGGCUGCAAGCCCCCCACGACGUUGAGGCCAGUAGCAAAACAGAGAAGGCAAGCCAAAAGGAUACAGCAGUUGAAGCAAUUCCCACCCAGUCAUAAAAUACAGCAGACUAGAGCCCUGACUCCAAAGAGUAACAAAUCAUUAGUUCAAGAGUGCUUUCAGAGUCCGCUCCCGUAAUGCAGGAAUCUGAGCAGCAAGGCUUUAUCUCCCUCGCCCGCCCCCCUCGCCCCCCCCCCAUCAAUUUGUGCAUCUGAGAUACUUGGUUUCUUGCAAAUGUAUUGGUCAGAAAAUAUAUAGUUAUCAUUCUCUGACUAUUUUUCCAUGGGUGUGAUUCGGCUUAGAAACAAUAUGGAAUGUUUUUCCUGACAGACUUGAACACUAGGGUCUUCCUCACACGUCUGUAAAUAACUUUGGAAUCCAAGUGGGCACAUUCAAGUGUGGAACAACAAUAGAUGAACGCAAGUGCUUACUUGUGGCUACCAUCUUCCCGACGAUCGCAACGUCUUCUUUUUGGUGUAUUUUGUUGACAGGGAUUGUGUACUGUUUUAGACCUAAGUACUGUUGUAUCCUGUGUAGUUCUAGAUCUGUAUCUCUUGUCUGAAUUAAACAUUUUUUAGUUGCUGUGUAAAUGUUAGGAAGCAAAGUAGCUUUGAAUUUUCUCUUUAAGAGAACAAAAGAUAAAGUAAUGUGUUUUCUUUAUUUUACAUUUUAUUUAGUGAUAUUUAAACAAAAUAGAAAGCCAUAUAACAUAGCUAUAAUUACUGUUUGCUAUUUUUGUUUAACUUAUUUGGUAGCUUCCUCACUGGUUUGAGUUGCUAAGCACAUGUAUACACACAGAAAAAGAGCUUCCUAAAUUGCACAUUAUUGCACCUCUAGUGCAUUCUGCAAGAAGACAAUGAAUCUAUGUAUUUCUACGUAAUUAUCUUCUUCAUUUUUAACCUGUUUUCAUUUGUAAUGAUGCUACAUAAUUUUGUGGCUCCCUGAUGCAAUAAUGUACAGAAGAUAAAAAAUUUAUAAUUGAACACUCUGUCUUUCUGUUCACUGAAUAUGUUGCAGGUCAUGCUCCCAUGCCCCCCUUUCUCAACUGAUAUCAUCAAGACUGGAAUGUUUGUGAUAUCAGGGGCAAGAGGUAUCAUAAAAUGACAAAAUAGAGUGAGUUCUCUUAGAGCAUCUAUAUCUGCAAUCUGUAAAUGGUAAAAUGUCUGUGUAUUUUUUUAAAUGUACCUUUUCAAUAAAAGU